CCCCUUCUGUUUAUUAAUAAAUGUAUACAGAUAAAACGUUGCCCGAGAGACCAGUGGCAUAUGUUUAAACUCGGUCAGAGAGAGGCCAGACUACUGCUGUCCAAUUUUCAUGUUCAGUUGACCACCAGCUUUACACUUUGGGUUCACUUCAUGGUUAUUGUCCUGGAAACCCGUUAUCUGAGUUGAGGUCAACAUACAAAAUGGAGGAUCAAGAAAUGAACGUUGAGCAAGCUUAUGGGUCUCUAUUGGAGACGGACAAAACAUUCGAACCCUUAUUCAUUGAGGAAGAUGAAGACUACUUUGAAGACUGCUUGGAAGAGAUUGAAGCUGCUCUAACUCUUCCUGGAGAGUCCAUGCCUUAUUCAGUAAAAUGCAGAGAAGCUUUGCAAGCUGAGUUUAAUGGACUUAUGCAACAGAUGUUGGCACAGUUAGAUGUUUUUGAUGCAGCCCAUCCAAUUACUGUACCAAUGGAGUUGUUUUCAGAAACAGCGAACACAAUGGACAAAAAUGGAUUCACAAAAACAGUCGAGUUUGGAGAGACAUGCAUUUCUGAGAAAGAGCAAACUGUGUUGGAGGUUGAAGAUAAUGCCGUUGGCAUUCCUGUCGAGGCAAGGCCUGAGUUGUCUACCACCAUGGAAAUACAAAAGCUCAGCGAAGCAUUUGAGAGCUGUAUUGAGGAGGUGGGCCAGUUGGAGCGCAGAAGGGAUGAGCUGGUUCAGGAGCUUCUGGAGCUGGAGGAGCCCAUGGCCCAAGAGCUGCAGACUGUGAGGGAGGCUCUAGGGGAAGAACAAGGCCUCCUGUCCAAAGUCAGACUGGAAAGACAGAGCCUGCAGGAGGAAACUCAUAAGACCAAGAGAUGCCUCUUCAUAGCGGCCCGAGACUGUGUACAGAGACAAGUGCAGCUUGAAUUACAACAGAAAGAGGUGGAGCAGCUCAACCAAGCUCAGGAGGAGCUGAAUGCCCUUGCUGUUAAGCUGACUGAGGAGAUUGCCAAGAUCCAUUCAGAUCACCAAAGCCACCUGCAGGAACUACAAAAACAGCUGAACACCACACAGGAAUCCAGCAAGAAGAAAAAUCCCUCUUAUGUAACUCAAGGACGACGGGCCUCUUGUGACCUCCAGCAGUACCUGCAUGAUGGGAUCAAAGCUCUGGAGGAGUUCUACGAGCCCCGGUUAGUGUCUCUGCUGAAGAGACGGGAGGCCACCAUGGAUGCCCUCAGUAAGGCUAAAGAUCAGUGCCAGGAGCUGAGGGCCCAGUUAGGACCGCUGAGAGAAGAGGAGGAGAUGCUGAGACUCCAGAGAACUUGUCUGGAGGAGAGGAUCCAACUAAUGGAGAGACAGAGGAGGGAAAAUGUGGAACAAUAUCGGGACACAGUUGAUGACUUAGAGGAGCACAUCAGAGAACUGAAAACUGAGCUCAAGAUUCAGAUAAAGAAGACAGAAGAAUUGGAUAUGCUGAAGAACAACACGGCCGAAGAGCUGUCCUUCUACAGGCAACAUGUAGAGGGCACCUGCAAGCAAGAGAACAGUGUGGUGGUGGUGGAAAAAAGCUAAUGAAAUAAAAGUUGUGUUAUUAUCCAAUUAGUUAUGUGAACUGCGUUUGAUAUAUUGUUUUAUAGUUAAAUCGAAACUGCCUGUCUUCUCUUAUUAAUAGUAUCAUUAAUAGUCAAUCACCAAAACAAUAAGACCAGUUAACUGAAGACACACAAUAGUGUUUUCUGCAAAGGUCAAAUUUGAUUAUUUAAAGCACUUUGAACAGUAAGCACCAACUGUAAGAUAACCAGAUCUUUAUCUGACAAGUCACAUGGUUCAGAAUGUUCUUAAAGGGGGGGGUGAAAUGCUCGUUUUCACUCAAUAUCCUGUUAAUCUUGAGUACCUAUAGAGUAGUACUGCAUCCUUCAUAACUCCAAAAAGUCUUUAGUUUUAUUAUAUUCAUAAGAGAAAGAUAGUCUGUACCGAUUUUUCCCGGAAAAACACGACCGACUGGAGGCGUGACGUGUGGGCGGAGCUAAAGAAUCAGGAGCGCCAGUAGGCUUUUGCGUUGAGAGCGUUUGGAAGCUGUGACAUUAUUACCAUGAGGGACAAACCAUCAUCCAAAACAAACCAUGGCUAACAGUCAGAUUCAGCCAUUUAUUUAUGAUCCAGAAUCAGAUCCCGAGGCUGAAACUGAACGAGAGCAGCUGCAGCAACGACUCGCUCCGAGCUCGAACCCGGGUCUCCGGCAUGGGAGGCGGACGCACUAACGAGGAGACAGAGAUAUUUGAAGCAGUUUUACUCACCACCUGCGGUUCCAACACACGAUCGUGAUCCUUUUUCGUUGGGAUUGCAUCAUCCUUAAGAAAUAAACGAUACGCAAAUCCGUUGUCAAACUGGGCCUUGUUUGUAAAACAAGCAUUUUCGAAAUGCAGGGAACAAACACAAACACUUGCACAACUCCGUUGAUGCUCUGUAAAAAUAAACUUCAUCCACUGGUCCCUUAAUGCUGUUUUUCUUUGGUAAUCUGUGCAGGUUUGUCUUGCCCUGGCAACCAAAAACACACUUCUUUUGUGACAUUUCACAAAGCUCUCGCUCUGAUCAGUGAAUCGCUCUGAUCAGUGAAUGCCUGUGCUCUCAGUGCUCUGCUAUACGGGAGCACGCGCUCUUCCGGGAGAAGUGCCCUCAGGACCCAUAUAAGGAAAUUCCGCUCCAUCUAACGUCACACAGAGCCAUACUCGAAAAAAACUUUCCGAAACUUGUGACAAACCGGAAGGAGUAUUUUUGGAACAGAAAUACUCCUUCAAACAUACAACUUAAUUUUUGAAACUUUGUCCAUGUUUAGCAUGGGAAUCCAACUCUUUAACGGUGUAAAAAACUCAGUAUGCAUGAAAUAGCAUUUCACCCCCCCUUUAAAACACUGUUUUGGUUGUGUGUAUAAGAGGGAAUAAAGCUCAUAUAUAAGUGGUGCCUGUGAAAGUGCUUUCUCUUAUAAGAGGGCAAAACAAGGACUUAUUUGGGCACUGUAGAAGAGCUCUACAAACAUGCCAAUAGCAUGAUGAUGAGAACGUUUAGCUGAAUGACUGAGAGGAGAUUAAGUGCUUGAUUGAUUUGAUGUAGAAUAAAAUGAAAUUAGCAAGAAUUAGAAAUGUUUAUAUGAUUUGUACCUAGCUGUGAAUGGACUACAAGAAUAUGAACUCUGUCAGUGACAGGGCGCAUGUCUUUUUUUUUUCUUUCUAAACCAAGUAAAUUGCUAUUUCAAGACAUUUUGGUGACUAAAAUGCAGAAAGUUUGAAUCUGAGCAAUUACAAAAAUAAAAGUUAUUUGAGGAAAA